AUGGUAGUGAAGGUUGAUGGUUGGCAGCUACACCACCUGCGCUUUGCCAAUGACAUAGUUCUGAUAACAUCUAGCAUCAGCCAAGCGGAACGAAUGCUGACCAAAUUCGACGAAACAUUUGGAUGCUUCGGUGUUUGGCUGAAUCUAAAAAAGACGACAUCCAUGCGUAACGGAUGGGUCUCGCAUGUUCUGUCACGCUCAACGGAACGAGCAAACCCGAAUGCUCCAGCUAUGCUUAUCUGGGGAACUAGGCGUGAAGAACGACCUGACCCCCGAGCUGAGCAGGAGAAGACGAGCGGCUUGGGGAGCGUAUGA